GUACUACUACUACUACUACACUACCACACGUUUGUGAAGCUUGUCAAAUUUUCUCUGCUAGACCCUAGUACUUUUACUAGUAUAUCAGAGGUACAGCUGCUUCUGAUACGUAUGUGGGAGUCGUCGUUAAUCAUUUGCUUUUGUGUUGUGUGAAAAGAUUCAGUUACGACCAAAUAGGUAAGGGUAGAUCUACCCUAAGUAUACCUAGCUAGUAACUCCUAGCUCCUACCUCCUACUACUAGACCACAAUGCUGCCGAAGUCAAAGUCAAAAUUUCGGAAAGGGCCAGAGCAGGGUGCAAAGGCCAAGAGGCCCAAGAAUCGAAAGAGUAAACUUGUUAUCAAAUUUGAUGCAACAGAUCGCAAAAAUUACCUGAAAGGAUUUCAAAAAAGAAAAGAUGAACGAAGAAAAAAGGCCUUUGAGCAGAUGCAGUUAGAUCUGAAAAAUGAACUGCAACAAAUGAGAAAAGAUAGGAGAAAGAUGAUGAAAAAGAUGAUUCACCAAGGUGAUCCUGAUGAUAUGAUGAUUGGACCUGCAAAAAAAGUAGUCACUUCAUGUGGUUCUGCAACAGUAGAAUUUACAGAGUUAGAUUUUACAUCUAAAAAUCAGUCUUCGUUAGAUGAAAAUUCAUUUGUUGAAGAGCAAGAACAAGCUACAGUUAGUGGUGAAAGUGAUGAAGAUAUUCCCAUGUACUCAAAGGAUCAAUUGGAAGAACUUGGUAUUCUCAGUCAGAAAGACUUGAAACGCUCUGUGCGACAGAGCGCAGCCCGAGCCAUGAAGGCUAGUAAGCUGAUGCAGCGAAGAGAAAAGAGACAUGCAAGGGAACAGAGAAAAACCCAGAGACGACUGAAUAAUGAGAACACAAAGAAGAAGAGAAAGGUAAAGAACCAUAAACGUGGAAAGCCUGUAAAGCCAAAUGAUUAUCAGUGAUAAUCCAAUUUGUACGGUAACUUUAUUUGCAACCAGAAUUGUAAUUAUUUUAAGACGAUUAAUAAUAAUAAUAAAAAAAAAACAGCAGUAAAGUUGUUUUGGAAGGGUCUACUCUGAGGUAGACCCAAACUCCUAGUGCCUUGCCAGUGGUUGGGGGUCUUGUGGAGAGCACCUGCCCAGAGCUACCUUAUAAAUUGUUCCUAAGCAGUUGCUUUAAAUUAAAUUAGCAAGACCUUUGCAUCUUUUACCCACUCGCUUUUCUUUGCUUGUCUUGUGGAGGAGACUUGACAAAUCAUCUAUUUUACUACAAAUUGAAAUAUACAUCACUAUUGUUUGUCUACAGUAACUCACCUUGUCUUUGAUUUAGAAUCUACACACAAUUGCAGGGUAUGCUAUCCUCUAUUUGAUAAACAGUGUAGAGCUUUUAAUGAGGAUAAUCAUCAUCUUUGAACAUCUGUUAUGCUUUUAAGCACUUUCAUAAAUUGCAGUAAAAUAUGUUGAACCAGUGGAAAUCACAAGCAUUAUCAAUAAUCAGUUAAUGUGAUGGCAUAUGGAUGGUAGCAGCUUCCUCUUCACAGUAGAAUCAGAAUUAUUAAUAUUUUUGCAAAACUAAAGAAAGGAAGCAGAAGCAUGAUAUUGUUAUAUUUUUAUUUAACUGUUGUUAAAUACUUAUUUAUUCAUGAAUUUGUUUAUAUGUCCUCACUGUGCCAGAAUAUUUUGGCAAUGAAUUGAAUAGCAGUGAUAAUUUGUCUUGGAAAAAUGUCUGCUUAACUGACAGCUCUCAGUCUUGCUGGUCAUCCAUUUAUUUGGGAUUUUGUUCAGCGCGUGUUCGUGAUAUAAACGUUAAUUAAACUUUUGGGAAGA